AUGCCGGGGACAACACCGCCGCCGUCGCUGAUCCCGCCGCCUGAGGGCAUCUUCCGAUCGUUUGACGAUCUGAUGGCGUCCGUGCAGCGCGUGGCCAAGGAUCAGGGCUACGGCAUCGUCAAGCUGCGCGCAUCUAACUACCGCGACGGGAAGCCCACGCGAUACGACCUCGUCUGCGACCGCGGCGGCGUCAAAUACAGCAGCACCGCCAAGAAGCGCAACCCCUCGACCCGCAAGAUCGACUGCCCCUUCCGUGCAAAGGCCGUCUGCGAAGUCCAGCUGGGCAACCAGUGGCGCUUCGCCCUCCAGGAGGCUCGGCACAACCACGAACCCCGGGCGUCUAACGGUCCCUCGACGCCGGAGAAUGCGCCGCUCGCCACCUCGAUCCGAUCCUUCACCAACAAGCUCGACCGUCUCAGCCACGACAUGAUGAACGGUUUCCUCCGCAUCGAGCAGCGCCUCGAUCACAUGGAGAAGCGCAUGGAGAACCUCGAGACUCGCGCCGGAAACUACGAGCCCCGCUUCCAGGCCAUCGAACAGCGCAUCCAGGGCAUGGAGGGUCCCCGCAUGGAUAGCAUCCCCAUGGACGACGUCGAGUCCCGUCUGCUGGCUUCGACCGUCAUGUAG